ACCAUCGUUCUCAGUAUCGUGUUGACAGUGACGCUGAGUAGGCGAUUCCGGGAGUCCGCUAGCCUAUCCCGGUUUCUAUUUACCUUUAGUUUAGUCGUAGUUGAGCAAAUCGAAGUCACUCAGUGUUAUGGAGCCGCAGAACCAGGAAAUUGUGGCCAGCGGUUCGCCCGCAGAGGUGCCCAACGAUCCGGGGAAAAUGUUCAUCGGUGGACUCAGCUGGCAAACCAGUCCAGAAAGCCUAAGAGAAUACUUUAGUAAAUACGGCGACAUAACAGAAGUAAUGGUAAUGAAAGAUCCUGCCACCCGGCGGUCGAGCACAAAUUGCGACGGGUCUGCCGUCUUCGGCGUCGACAGCGUCACCAGAUUGUUCACCCCCAGGGGCUUUGGAUUUAUCACCUUCACCGACCCGGCUAGCGUAGAUAAGGUUUUAGCCCAAGGCACUCACGAACUAGAUGGCAAAAAGAUUGACCCCAAAGUAGCGUUCCCGAGAAGAGCACAUCCAAAGAUGGUAACCAGGACGAAAAAGAUAUUCGUCGGUGGAUUAUCAGCGCCCACUACCCUAGAGGACGUCAAAAGUUACUUCGAACAAUUUGGUCCGAUUGAAGAUGCAAUGCUAAUGUUCGAUAAGCAAACGAAUCGACAUAGGGGUUUUGGAUUUGUCACAUUUCAAAGCGAAGAUGUUGUAGAUAAAGUUUGUGAAAUCCAUUUCCAUGAGAUUAACAAUAAAAUGGUGGAAUGUAAGAAAGCGCAACCAAAAGAAGUAAUGCUCCCCGCCAACCUAGCGAAGACAAGGGCGGCCGGUCGGGGUGCUUACGAUUUUAUGUGGUCACUUGGAGCUCUUCCUGACGGUUUUCCGGCAGCCGCAUACGCGGCCUACGCGGCCGGUCGAGGUUACUCGGGCUACCCUAGUUUCGGACUACCGUACCCAACAGUGGACCUAACCAACGGACAACUGACACCUAACAAUAACACCCCACUAUUGACUCAGGCCUUGUCAGGGUCGUCGGGAGCCAGUUGGACGCAGCCUUCCGGAGCCGACCAGACUGCACCACCACAACCCCACUUCUCGGUUUCCUUUGCAGUGAUGAAUAACUACCAGGCUGCGGCGGCGGCAGCGCAGGGCUUCGGUCCGCCAGCUUCACCCCACGCAGCCAACACACGUGGUGGAUUUCCUGCUGCCAACUCACCUGGACCUACCAUAGAUAUGUAUAAUAGCAGUGCGGGGGAUAGCGUGGGCUAUGUGCAGGCCGCUAGCCCACAACCCUCCAGCUUCCCGGCGAUCGCCGUCAGCAGGGCCCCUCUUAACUACAGUCCGGGUCCCUUAAUUCCUGCUGCGUUUACCAACGGCUAUCACUGAGCUCGAGGACUGUCUAGUGUUGUGUGACUCGACUCGGCAGCUACUGUGAUGUCAUCACAACUGCACUUGUACAUUCACUUUAUGUGUAUAAUAUUAUAAUAUAAUAUAAUAAUAAUAAUAAUGUAGCACCCCGCCAGGCGCGGCCCACUUGUUGUUGUAAUGUUUGGUGUCAGCGUCCCGCUUCGCCGCCCUUCGGUAGCCGCCGAGUGUGGUGACCCAAUACAAAGAGAAUAAUCUGGGACACAUUGUCACCACGUUAAUGAAAAAUGUUCCUACGACCCGCCGCAUUUUAGAUAGGAUAUUUUCGAUUCCGUUUUAAUGCACUCAUUAUAAUAGAACUACAGUUAGGUCACGUGCGGUGCGGUUCUAGAACGAUAAUUUUUACAUUUCUUCGCUGCCAAAUUUUGAGUGUGUGGUUGGUUGCUUUUGGGUUUUCAUUUUUGGGUUGCUUAGUGAUGUGGAUGAUUGCUCGACGGCUUCCGAAAAUGCGGCUUCCCCACCAAACACAGGCACUAUUGGUUACGUCUUGCGUUUCUUACAUAUGAUAUAUUACAGGGUAUCUUUAAAAUGGGAUACAUUAUCCUCACAUAUUAUUAUAAUUAAGGACCAACGAGGCAAUGUCGGCAAUUUAUUUUUUUGGCGCAUUGCCGUGGUAAAUUUUAUUAUUUUUAAUCUGAGUUCUUUAUUCGAUAGUUGUUUUUAUAUAAAAUUUUAUUUCGUCAUAGGUCGUCAUUAUUUGUUAUUUAUACGAAAAAAGAACAAAUUAAGUGUAAGUUUUUGUGUUGUCCGACACAUAGUGUGUUGCGCGAUUAAUGUAUACAAACCACUAAUUGGAUAAUUUAAGGAAUUUGUAUAUAAUAAUUAUUAUUGUUAUUUGAUUCGAUGGGUCGGAUCGAGACCCGGCCAAGGAAGCGCUGGUUUCGAUCUUUCUAAUUAUAUAUAAUAACUUACCUAAUAUACCUAUAAACCUUCCCUCAUCAUAAUUCAACUCUGGUUGAUGGACUGACGUUUCUGCGAGGUCAGGUUCGAUGCGGCCCACUGGCGUCUGUGUAGCUUGUAGGGUCCUAAACGUAUUCCUCAUGUAAUAUCCUAACCUUAGAUCUGUCUAAUUGUUAGUAUAGGCCAGAUCAAUUUAAAGUAUAUAUUAUAUAAAUGUUUCCUGUUAUUAAGUGAAUAUUCUAUAAUGGUGGGGCGACGGUGGUGUAGGAGCGCCCGCAGCAACCGCAUGCGGCCGCAUUUAGCAAAACUUACCUAUAUUCAAAUUAUUGUGAUCGCCACGAAAUGACAUAGUUAAUUAAUCCGGCGGGCGCUGAACACACCCCGCCGUCUCACAAUGUCCUCCAUGUGAGUUAUAUGGUGUGUUAUGAUUUGAUUGUUUUUAAGUUAUAUAUUUCGCCGGUAGGCUUGUUAAAUGAAUAUUAUCAUUGUUGUCUGACUGACUGCAAUUGCUUGUCUCCUCAGUACAAAUACACCACGAUAUAAAUUAAUUACAUAAAUAUAGUUCGAAUGUAGGAAAUGGAAAAUAGUGGCCGAGUAUCGUUCGCACGUGACGCAUAGUAUAAUUCAUCUAGACGCGGCGACUUUAGAGGCGUGACGCGCGAACGCUUAUUUAGCUAUUCGAAUUGUCGCAACGAUUGACUGUAGUUGAAAAUUAAUUGUAGUGGGUAGGCGCGCGUUUCCGUGAAAUUGUGCGAUUUAUUUAUUGAACCUCGACCGAGGUUACGCGAUGCUAGCAGCUAGUAACCGACAUUUAGAUUUAAUGACCCACCGCCACCCAUGUCCACGUCACCGACGCUCCCCAUCCAAUUAUUAUUUUUAUUAUUAAUUAAGUGUCAUAUUUAUUACUUUUCAACUUCUCAACUACUAUCUCAAAUGUCAAUUAAAGCUCGUUUAGUUGUGUUUCGGCGGGGUUGUUGGAUUUGAAUGUCGGCGUAAAUAGGAAAUUAGGUUUCGACAGACGGAUGCGUCGUCUUGCGGCGUCUUCCGUCCAUGUUUGGUGAGAAUUGACCAAAGGUAUAAAAUGUCAAUACUAAUGUCAAUACAGUGACUGCGUUUUUAUUUUGGUAAUGCCGAAGUAUUUUAAUGUCAAUCCAGAGCAAUACGGUAAGUGUAGGUAGGUUAAAACCAAAAAUAAGUUUUCAUUUAUAUAUUUUGAUAUCUGUAAACUGUGUUAUUGCAUUAAAUGGUAGGGAUAAGUUUAGAAAAAGACACCACAUGGGUCGACUCAGGGAAUUUUAAUGUUUUUCUUCCACCAUCUCGCACUGAUUCGUUUUACUCGUGUUUGUUUUGAGUGUGCAAAAUUGCAAUUUUUGGCCUAAGUUCUAAACAAAAAAAACUAACUCGAGAUUUUGGAGGAAUGCAUUUAAAAAUUCAUCGACCCAGUAGCCCAAGCUUUAACAUGCAGAAGACAAAACCGAUGGAGAUGUGGCUGCAUGUCUUUAAUAAAAAAAAGGGGAUGUGUGGCCACCUCGACGGUUGUGGAGUCUCCGCUGAGCGUCAGUCCGCGAUUUGGGCACAUUCCAGCAGCGCAUUGCACCGCCUCUCGUAUACCAACAUAUCAAAAGGCCGGUCGCGGGCUCGCUCGGACCUUCAAAGAGGGGCACGUCGAGCUAAUCUAAUUAAAAAAAAUAUUCGCGUGCAUAUUUUUCUAUUACACAUGUGGUGGUGCUAAUCGGCCAAAGUAUAAAACAAAUUAACAAAAAAUACUAAAUAUUUAAUAAAAAAAAACGUUGCGGAUGUUAGUUUAGUGUAUAGGUUGUUAUUGAUUUUUACAAAUAAUGAAAUACAAAUUCGGGUUGUACUUAAUUGUUAUUGUGACAUUCGGCGUGUCCCUCCGUCCCUUAGAGGCUAGAGUAGGAGUUUAUUAGUCAUUUGUAACGUAUUAUUUCCCAAACGGAAUAUUAUCUCGACAAUAUUGAUUCACACUGUGAAGUUUUCAGUUGUAUGAUUAAAACUGUAUAUCGUGGGCCUUACUAUACACUGAAAAUUAAAUCGUGCUGUCCAAAAUUUUAUUAUUGUAUUUACUUUGAUCUUGCAAGCGUAUAUAGUUUAGGGGUGGACGCAGGUAGUUUAGACUGAGGUCGUGCCGCCCCCCCAUCUUUUGUAUACUUAAGGCGCCCCGCGCUCUUUUGUUGUGUUACUUUCAUACGUACUUUAGGAUUACGUUAUUAAAUGUAUACAAGCUGUAUAUAUUGAUAUUACUAUGAUAUACAUAACAUAUACUCUUAUUUAAUUAAGCGGUAGCGAGUGGUUAGGUGCCGCCACGAUAUGAUGUAUUAUGGCACCCGCCCUGUCCCUGUGUUGCAGCCCCUGGUCCAUCCGCGCUCGGGUCUGGGCCGCUUUGUUAGGGGCCUCCGUCGUAUAUAUUUAGCAGUCCUAGUCGGUAGAGCAGCCCCCGUAGACCGGCCCAUACCUCGGCGCUCAGUGUUACGUAAACUCAUUGUAUUACAGCCGAACGGCUUCUUGCAAUAAAAAAGCAAUAACCAUAUUCCUUCUGUGGACGCUUUUGACUUUUACAUUAAGAAAAAUAUAAUAUUAUUAUUAUUAAACAAUUACUGUAAGUACGUACUUUAUGAACAAGAUUUUACACUAUGAUAAUAAUGAAGGCGAUGGCAUAUUGCUAAUUAGAAUGAUUGUACAGAUAGAGUUUGUAACAUAAGAAAAUUAUGUUGUUCAGACGAGAGGCCACACAAAGUUGGUCGCUCGCAUUGCUCUUGUAGCGCUCGGCAACGGCCCGGGCCUUCAUGUAUAUCUAACUACACGUUCUACAAUGUACAUAUAAUUAUUACAAUGAUAAGACAAGGUUCACAACGUGCCGUGUGUAUGUGGGAUAAAUAUAAUAUGGACAUUGUUCAAAAUAUAAA